AUGGACAUCUGGGAUCGGAAAACGCUGAAAAAACUCGUCACGAUCGAGGCGCCAAAUUCAUCAGAAUGUGCGUGGUCGCCUGAUGGUCGGUUCAUUAUGACGGCGACGCUUAGUCCGCGAUUACGUGUCGAUAACGGGUAUAAGAUAUGGCAUUACAUGGGGGUUUUGGUGCAUGCUAGGAAUGUUAAUGAGCUGUUGCAGGUUGGAUGGCGCUCUGCCAAUGUCGAAUUAUAUCCCAUGCGAUCCUCAUUAUCUCCUCCUCCUCCCGUCGCGAAAAACAUACAAGAGCUUGCUGUCAAGUCAACUCCAAAAGGAGCUUAUAGGCCUCCACAUGCACGCGGUCAAGCGACACCUGACCAUUUCAAGCGUGAAGACGAAACGUCGUUAAAAUCACCGAUUCACCAAAAUGGGUUAACGGGUGUUACUACUAAUGCAGAAUUACUAUCAAAAGCGGCUGUUAAAAAUAAAAAGAGAGCUGCCAAAAAGAAGAAAGAGGAAAAUGGUAGUAGCAGUGUGAGUGGUGGUGCUUCUACUGCUAAGCCAUUAGGCACUAACACUACAUUAAGUGAGACGGAAAAGAAGAUCCGUAAUUUGACGAAAAAACUACGGCAGAUCGCCGAACUUAAAGAACGGCAAACGAAUGGCGAAAAAUUGGAGCAGACGCAGAUUCAAAAAAUUGCGACUGAAGCUACGUUAUUAAAAGAACUGCGGCAAUUAAACGAUACGCCGAUUCCGGCAAAAUUCGGAAAUUAA